AUGGCCUCUUCUGCACCCCCACCCGGCCUCCCCGCGCUCCCGCCGAUCCCACCUAAUAUUGGGCAGAUAGCAGGGCCCCAGCUCAUCGGGUCGUUGUUGAACUUUUACCUCUUUGGAGUGUUGUCGGUCCAAAUAUAUGUCUACAGGAUAUCGUUCGACAAGGACAAACUGUCUAUCAAGCUUAUGGUCUACACGGUCUUCUUGCUCAUGUUGGUAUCCACGUGUCUUAACGCCGCUGAUGCGUACUACUGGUACGCGGAUGGAUUUGGAAACCUUAUCCAGUUCAGCCGCGCGCAUAUUUCUCCCUUCUACACUCCGAUUUUGGGCUCUAUAAUAGCUUUGUCAAUUCAGCUAUUCUUCUGCUACCGUAUCUGGAUCAUCAAGAGUGCAGCCUUGCCCUUGAGUAUCUGCAUUGCUAUCGUCUCCGUUCUGCAAGCAGUCGGCGGUAUUGGUGCUGGUCUCAAGGCAUAUAUUGCCGCCAACAGUCUUCACGACGAAGUCCGCACCAUCCUCGUCUAUAUGUGGCUCAUUGGUGAUGCGGUUGCCGACGUCGCAAUCGCAAUCGCUAUGAGUGUCUUGUUGACCAAGGCGAGCAAGCAGGCCCACAGCUCCUCUAACUAUCUCGUCAAACGAAUUGUUCGACUGAUCCUGGAAACCAACGCGCUCUCUGCGGGAGUCGCAGUCCUUGGACUGGUUCUCUUUGCUGGCAUACCGGGAACAACCUACUUCAUCCCACCGACUAUGAUUCUACCUGGCAUUUACGCCAACACGCUGCUUGUUACUUUUAACAACCGUGCCUUCCCAGGAGCGGCCCCCAGAACGAAUUUGACACAGGGAACCCCGUCGUUCACGGAUAGCAACAGCAACAAUGCAUAUCCGCGUGCACCCAUUGCGCCGAUGACUUUUGCAGCCAACCCAAACCGAGUGCUUGUCACGACGCACAAGGUCUCUGACGCCGAUGGUAUCAGCUUGAGCCGUCUCGAGCGUGGUCCCAUGGAUGACAACAAGGUGUCGGGAUGGAAUGACGCCCCAUAA